CGCCUACACAAGAACGGCGGGCAUCAUGCGUGCACCAGAGGUGCACCGAUGCGAGCCAUGGCAUGGACCCCGCAGCCUGGUGGCACGGGAAGACGAGGACGGAACACAAUGCUCUCACGUCCGCCUCUUGGCCGGGCAUCUGGUUGAGUGCGGAGCGUACGUUACGAGAGGGAUUUACUAUGACCAGCGCGGAGUGCUGAUCCUUCGGCACGCCCGUCUCCCCACCGCGGAGAUCGGGGCGGUUUGCCGCCACCGCCAACAGCCAAGCUGGCCAUCUGUCUGUUUGGUGGUCAUCAAGCUGAGACUUCAGCGUAUACAGCUCGUCCGGAUGCGAAGCUCAAGUUUGAGGUGCUGAAAAGCCAGGCCUUGGGUUAAGUCGGCCAGGCAGGCUUGACAGCGUUCAGCAUCGAGAAUUGCUGCUACCCUGCCACGGAUUCGCUAUCACACAAUGAGUGCACCAUGUAGUUCCGCAUGUCUGUUCCAUCGCGGAAGAUGGAGUCUUUCACCGCUCGGCGAUCUCGGCUUCGG